CCAGCGGCUGUCGGUCGGCCCCGCAGCGCUGCCGCCGCCACUUCGCUGUUCGGCGCUAGCCUGCCUGGGAACCUGAUCCGCUCCCGGAAACUCAGCUUGGCUCUCGCGGCGGCAGGCUCUCCUCCCCGGCGCAGCGUGCUGGGGGUGGGGGGGCAAGUUCCAACACUUCUCCGAAGACUUGGGUCUGCCCAGCGCCGAGGGCGGAGGCGUCUGUGGUCCCCGCCGCCCGAGGCGGCGAGAGAACUUUACACUCCGAGCGCGGGGAGGCGAGUAGGGCCCGGGAGCAGCGGCCGCGGUGAGGCCAGGAGACAGCGGAUAUGAAGCUGAGCCGUCAGUUCACAGUAUUUGGUAGUGCGGUCUUCUGCGUGGUGAUUUUCUCCUUGUACCUGAUGCUGGACCGCGGCCACUUCGACCAUCCGAAGAGCCCUCGGCGGGAGGGCACCUUCCCCAAGGGGCAGCUUUCAAUAUUGCAAGAAAAAAUAGAUCAUUUAGAACGCCUUUUGGCAGAAAAUAAUGAGAUUAUUUCCAAUAUACGAGAUUCUGUGAUCAAUCUGAGUGAAUCAGUAAAGGAUGGCCAAAAAAAUCCAGAAGCUGUAAACUUCAGUCAAGGAUCUGUCUCUGAGAUGUUUCCUUCUGCUUCGGUUUUGCUUGCAAUUGAUUCUGAAGAUUGUUUGUUUGCUUCAAAACAUGGAAGUCAUGGUUCAGGUGUACAGAUGUUGGAUGUCUAUGAUAUUCUUCCUUUUGAUAACCCAGAUGGUGGUGUGUGGAAACAAGGAUUUGAUAUUACAUACAAUGAAAAUGAAUGGGACAGUGAACCACUACAAGUUUUUGUUGUACCUCAUUCACACAAUGACCCAGGUUGGCUAAAGACUUUUGAUGAUUACUUCAGAGACCAGACACAACAUAUCUUAAAUAAUAUGGUUAUAAAAUUGCAAGAAGACAACCGAAGGAAGUUUAUAUGGUCUGAAAUUUCUUACUUUUCAAAAUGGUGGGAUGGAAUCGAUAGCCAAAAAAAGGAUGCUGUUAAAAGGUUAAUAAAAGAUGGACAAUUUGAAAUAGUAACAGGAGGAUGGGUCAUGCCUGAUGAAGCCUCUCCUCAUUAUUUUGCUUUAAUUGAUCAACUGAUAGAAGGACAUCAAUGGCUAGAAAAGAACCUUGGAUUGAAACCAAAGUCUGCUUGGGCAAUUGAUCCUUUUGGGCAUUCACCAACAAUGGCCUACCUUCUGAAACGCACAGGAUUUUCCAAUAUGCUUAUACAAAGAGUUCAUUACUCUGUUAAAAAACAUUUUGCAACACAGAAGACACUAGAAUUUUUUUGGAGACAGAACUGGGAUUUGGGAUCCAGUACAGAUAUCCUUUGCCAUAUGAUGCCUUUCUAUAGCUAUGAUAUUCCUCAUACUUGUGGUCCUGAUCCAAAAAUCUGCUGCCAGUUUGAUUUUAAACGUCUUCCUGGAGGAAGAGUAAGCUGUCCAUGGAGAGUUCCACCAGAAGCCAUUCAUGCUGGAAACAUUCAACACAGGGCUUGGAUGAUUUUAGAUCAAUACAGAAAGAAGUCAAAGCUCUUCCGUACUAAAGUUCUGUUGGCUCCGCUAGGGGAUGAUUUCCGCUAUGCUGAGAGUUCAGAAUGGGAUCAGCAGUACCAGAAUUAUCAGAAGCUGUUUGAUUAUAUGAAUUCCCAUCCUGACUGGCAUGUUAAGGCCCAGUUUGGAACUUUAUCAGAUUACUUUGAAGCUCUACGUAAAGAAAAUAAUUUGGGUGAAAAGCACAGCAAUUCCUUUUUUCCUGUUUUAAGUGGGGACUUCUUCACCUAUGCAGACAGAGAUCAUCAUUACUGGAGUGGAUACUUUACAUCACGACCCUUCUAUAAACGACUGGAUAGAGUUCUGGAAUCCUACUUACGGGCAGCUGAAAUCCUCUACUCCUUUGCUUUGGCAGAGUCCAGUAAAAACGAAAUGAUGAGUGUAUUUCCAUCAGUGCAUAACUAUAAAUUGCUGAUAGAAGCUAGGAGGAACCUUGGACUUUUUCAGCAUCAUGAUGCUAUUACAGGAACAUCUAAAGAUUGGGUAGUUGUGGAUUAUGGCACUAGGCUCUUUCAUUCAAUACUGAAUUUGAAGAAAGUGAUAAUUGACUCUGCUCAUAUUCUUAUCCUAAAGGAUAAAGGUGCUUAUAGUUACGACACAUCAGCUCCAUUCCUGAAGAUGGAUGAUGUUCAGUCUUCACAAGAUUCGUUGCCACGCAAGACAGUAAUACAGCUGACAUCACAACCAAGGUACCUCUUGGUAUAUAAUCCUAUGGAACAAGAAAGAUUUUCAGUGGUUUCAGUUAAUGUAAAUUCACCCAAAGUUAAAUUAUUAUCUCCCCUGGGAAAAUCUGUUGCUGUCCAAAUUAGUGCUGUUUGGGAUGGAGCAACUACAGUAUCACAUGAAGCAUAUCAGAUCUCAUUUGUGGCACAUCUACCACCUCUGGGGCUUGGAGUUUACCAGCUUUUGGAGGUUCAGAGUUCAGAAUCAGUUUUAGCGGAUUAUACUAUAUACAUGAAGAAUAGUAGGCAGGAGAAACUAGAUGGACUUUUCAAGAUAAAAGAGAUGGAGAAUUCUGUGGACAAUAUAAUCUUAGAAAAUUCUUACAUGAAAUUAUGGUUUUCUGGAUUGUCUGGAUUACUGGAGAAAAUAAAUACCAAAGAAGAUGGUAAAAAUCAUCAAAUGAAGGUGGAGUUUGCCUGGUAUGGAACUACAAGUAACCGGGAUAAAAGCGGAGCUUACCUCUUUUUACCAGAUGGAGAUGCCAAGCCUUAUAUUUUUACAGAUCCACCUGUCAUUAGAGUUACUCAUGGAAGAAUUUUCUCAGAAGUUGUAUGUUUUUUUCACCAUGUGACACAUACCAUGCGACUGUACAAGGUCCAGGGUUUGGAAGGCCAGUCUGUUGAAGUUUCCAAUAUUGUGGAUAUUAGAGGAGAAUAUAAUCGUGAGCUUGCAAUGAGGAUUUCAUCUGACAUAAACAGUCAAAACAAAUUCUAUACUGAUCUUAAUGGAUAUCAGAUCCAGCCCAGACUGACAAUGAGCAAAUUGCCUGUUCAAGCAAAUAUCUAUCCUAUGACUACAAUGGCUUAUAUCCAGGAUGUUGGCGUUCGUUUGACACUUCAUUCAGCUCAGUCUCUAGGUGUUGCAAGCAUGAAAAAUGGUCAGUUGGAAGUGAUCAUGGAUCGUCGACUUAUGCAGGAUGACAACCGUGGCCUUGGACAGGGUGUUCAAGAUAACAAGAUUACAGCUAAUCUCUUUCGACUUCUGCUGGAAAGAAGACAUGGAACAGAUGUGAAUGAAGAGAAGACAGCAGUCAGUUUUCCAUCACUUCUUAGCCAUAUGACUUCUUCUUUUUUAAAUUAUCCUGUAAUUCCAAUGACAACAUAUUCUGAUUCAGGUGUUCCAGAGAUGCUAAAUACCUUUUCUCCACUCAUGUCAUCCAUGCCUUGUGACAUGCACAUAGUCAAUCUGAGGACAAUCCAGUCAAAGGUAGAUACUGAGCCAUCUGAUGAAGCUGCUCUGAUUCUUCACAGAAAGGGAUUUGACUGUAGAUUUUCAAAUAGAGACAUGGGUCUGUUCUGUUCCACUACUCAGGGAAAGAUUAAGAUGCAUAAACUCUUUAACAAAUUCAGAGUGGAAAGUCUUGAACCAGUAUCUUUAUCAUUGAUGCAUUCACCUCUGGAUGCCAGAAAUAUAAGUGAAAUCAAUAUGAGUUCUAUGGAGAUAAAUACAUUCCGGAUUCGGCUAAGAUGAAAUCUGUCUUUAACACUCAGAUACAGAAGAGGAAUCUGCAAUUUUGUCUCUUCUCAGUUUCACGUGCAAUAAGAAGCACAUUAUUAUUAUUCCAGCUUCUGGAUACUGUGAGAAAAACGUUCAUUCUCUCUUUUUUUUGACCAAUAGAGUGAAAAGCCAUGUUGCAAGCAACUUUUCUGAUUUUUUCUGGGUUUUGUUCAGGGUUUUUGGGUUUUGUUUGUUUGUUUAGUUUCUGGUGGUGGUGGUUUGGGGUUUUUUCAUAAAGUAGCAACAGCAGUACAAGUUAAUGCAACAAGUGAAGAAAUUUUUACAGAUGUUAACCUCCCAGCAGUUCAAAUCUCAGGUUAAAUGCCAACUAAUGAUUCUUCUGGGGUUUUAAUUUUCAUAAACAGGGGAUAGGAAUUUAAACAGCCUUCUUCACUGAUCCUUCAUGAAUAUACGUGCAAAUACGUCAGUGUAGAAAGUCCUGAUACAGUUUGGAAAUAAAAUGGAAUCAAAUGUUCUUGUGUAGUAGCUAAUGUCCAAAUAUUUACAAUCAUUUGUAUAAAUUACAAUAAUCUGAAUUUGUUCCACAAUUAAUUUCAGUUUAUUCACCACAAAGGGGAUUAUUAAUUGUGGUAAAAUGAAAGCCUAAAGUACUUGUGAUAAGUGAUGGUAGAUUUUAAUACUUCUGCCAUUCGCAUGAGUUAUGUAAAUAGGAAAACAUGCACCUACAAAGUAAUUUUACAACGGAAGUGUUUAAAAAAAAAAAUCCCAUUUUGUUACUUGACACACUGGGAUAUGUGCAAUUAUUCCAUUAUCAUGUAUGGUAAGAAAUGUCCAUAAUUAUCAUGAAUAAAAUAUUUUUUAUAAAACUCAUUUUGGUACCAAUGUUCUCUGAAAUGAGUUUUCUAUUUCAAGACUACCAUAUCAAGAUAAAUGUGCCUUAUUUUUUGAUACAUCUUGUUACAACUUUGGUGUCUGUGUUAAUGUUUUUGGGGGAAAGGUAAUUUAUAUAAUACUUAAGCUGUGUAUUUCCUAUUUGAUAAUGCUGGCCAUACUCUGAUCUAUGUCCUCCUGCACCAAGUUUGUGCUAUCUUAUUCUGAACAUGUUGACAAUUUGAAUGUAUUAAAUUUAUGACAUUACAUGAAACACAGACAAAAUUAUUCUAGAAUCUGAAUUCAGCUCUUUUCAAGGAAAUUGCACCUCAAUGCAGAGAGUUGAUAUAAAAAAGGCGUAGUUUGCAAACCCAUCAAAACAUAUGCUUACAUGUCACAGACUGUGAUCACCUCUUAAUUCAGAAUCACGUGCCUAUAUUGUAAACAACUUUUAUCAAAUUUGAAACCUCACUUGCAUUGCUAGUGUUCUCAUUACUGAAGAAUGGAUUCUUAUUUUUGACUGAGUUUUUACAUAUUAAUUCAUAUUUAGAGAUGAAGUGUGAAGAAUUCAAGUGUGAAAAGUAUUUCCCUAAGUAGAGCUGCUGUUUACAAUUAAGAUUAUAUGUAAACUUGCAGUUGACUAUGAUUCCAUUUCCUAGUCUUCAUUUAUCUUCAUAACUUUGAAGUCAUGCAUAUGCUUUACUUUUCCAUACAUCACUGCUUAUCUUUAAUACUAAUGCAUGAAAAGUCAUCAAAACUGGUAAAAAGGUAUGCUAUUUUCUAACUCUGAUAUUGACUACUAUAUUUAAUUUUGUCAUGGUUGUUCCACAAUGUAUCGAAAUGGCUACAGGCUGUCUUAAAAUAAAGCAAACCCUUGAUUUCCUGCAUUGUUACAGGUUGGAUCUCUGUUGAGAUUGCGUAGAUUUCCCUACUUAAUUCAAUGUACUGUGUGUUUUGCAAUUAAUGGAGUAUUUAGUAGGAUCUGGUGCAAGUUGUAUCAAGAAUGUAAGAACCACUAACCACAAAUGGAAGAAUCAGAUGGAUCCAAUAAAUGGAUGUUUUCAUGCAAUAAACAUGUACUGUAACUUUUCCUAGCUGCAGUGUUUGAAAAUACUAUUUUUUGGGUUGAAAUUCAAAGCUUGGUAGACUUAACCAGAAGAAAUCUCAUAACAUUUAUUUUAUUACAUCUUCAAAAGUAAAAUGCUUCAGACAAUUUUGUGUGUUCUGUGUGAAAGAGCUUCUGAAGUACUGUUACAGUUUUGUUAGGCUCAUAAAUAAAAUUUUGAUGCAAUAAAAUUUUAAAGUAUUUUUCCUGUUGAAAUUGCUUCCAAAAGACGUUUCACUCUUCUUGUCUUCAACUGUACAAUGGUGAUGCCUGAAUCUUUCUUAACCAGCAGAUUUGAUUUUUGGACCUUUAUUUUCCAUCUUUUCUGUAAUAACAGAAUAGCCUUCAAUUUGAGAUCCUUUCUUGAAAUCCUUCACUAAGGCAAAAUUCUAGUCUAAAUCUGGUAGUAAGUUUUACCUUAAUUGGUUCGGUUUAAUUGAUUUGGUUGGAGUAUUUUUCAACAACUCUUAAUUGCAGAAUCAUAGAAUGGUAGGGGUUGGAAGAGAUGUCUGGAAAUCAUGUAGUUCAACUCCGCUGCUAGCACAGGUACACCUCGAUCAAGUUCCACAGGAACAUGUCCAGGUAGGUUUUGAAAUUCUCCAGAAAAGGACACCCCGCAAUCUCUCUGGGCAGCCUAUGCCAGUGCUCCAGCACCCUCAAAUUAAAGAACAUGUUCCUUAAGUUCAAGUGAAACCUCUCCUAUGUUCUAGUCUAUACCCAUUGCCCCUUGUCCUAUAUCUGGGCACCAAUGAAAAGAGCCGAGCCCCAUCCUCAUGACCUCCACCCUUUAGAUACUUACAUGCAUUGAUAGGAUUAAGUCUCAGUCUUCUCUUUUCCAUGCUAAAAAGCUCUGGGUCUCUCAGCCUGCCCUUGUACGAGAGAUGCUCCAGUCC